AUGUCAUCCGAUGCUUUUCAGACGGCCCAUUUCGACUGUCUUGAAGUGACCCAAGUCAGGGUUGUUGUCCACAAUAUGGGCCCAGUCAAGCCCGGUGCUGAUAUCAGCUACAACCACUGGUCUAUAUCCUUGCUCACAGCCAGCCCGGAUGAGUCCAUCCGUCUCGACAUGCAGCCAGAAGGCCCCCGGAAUGGCGAGCUUUCCAUCAUUCGUCUCCCCUAUGCCCUCACUCUUCAUGCGGCAGCGUGGUUUGACUUUCCAGUCAGCCCCUCGAGUAACCCAGUGACCGUUAGAAAGAUCAAGGACCUCCUUGAGACGAAACGGAGACAUAGAUACUAG